UCUUUUGUGCAGCUCCGCCAAUGCUCGCUGACUUGUCUCGAGAUCUGAGAAGGAACGGUGUUUCGGCAACCCGAGCGAAUUUUAAAGGAAUAAAGAAAAAGGAGUUGCAAUGUGCACACAACAUAUGGACUACGUGGGAAUGCAUCGAUCUGCGAGGCUGAUAUUAAAGAGUUCAUAAAUAGACAACGAAUGCUCUUCACGCGAGUGGAAUAAAUCCGUAGUUUUCACUCACUGCUUACUAUUGGGUAAAUGGUCUUUUCGAUGUGACAACUUGAUGUAGAAUCAGAAACCCCUCGUGAAAACAUGGUGAGAGAGGCUCUUGAAGCUGUUGGGGUUAACAAGCAACUCUACUGCCAGCAUGGACCACCCCAGCUUAUGUAAACGAUGAAAUCAAAGCAAUGAUGGAAAAGGCACAUUGACGAAAGUUUACCACACCCACCCUCCUCAGGCUGCUGACGAUCAGCAUGCUGCGGAUACUGUCACUCAAAUUUGGCCGCGUCUACCGAUGCGGCAAGUUCCUCUUCAUCGUUGCGCUUUUUGUUAUCCUGCUGAUGAACACUCACAACCUUUUCGCCUCUUUCCAGAGGAACGAGCUCACUGACCGCCGCUUCAUUGGCCUCAACAAGUGUCCGGCCUGCUUCGGUACUAGCUGGUGCCGCAAGUUCAUGAACGGCCAGGUGACCUUUGAGAUGUGGGGUCGUUUGCGCUUUCUAGACAUUUUUAAUGUAAAGAAUGUUUAUUUUGCUCAAUAUGGAGAACCCAGGGAAGGAACCCGCCGGGUGGUGCUCAAACGCUUGGGCUCUAACCAAGAACUGGCAGAGAUUGAUCAGAAGAUAUGCAAAAGAGCCACUGGAAGACCUCGCUGUGAUCUUAUUCAGGGUAUGUACAAAACAGAGUUGGCCCGACUUAACGGGGACGUGAGGCUGCUAACUCCUGAGGUGGUGGAGGGCUGGUCGGAUCUGGUGCACUGUCCUUCGCAGAGGCUUCUGGAUCGAGUGGUCAGGAGGUAUGCUGAGACCAAGGACUCUGGAAGCUUCCUAUUGAAAAACCUGAAGGACACGGAGCGAAUGCAGCUGCUGAUGACUUUGGCCUUCAACCCAGAGCCUCUUGUGCUGCAGAGUUUCCCUUCUGAUGAGGGAUGGCCUUUCGCCAAAUACCUGGGCGCUUGCGGCCGGAUGGUGGCAGUGAAUUACGUGGGCGAGGAGCUCUGGAGCUUCUACAAUGCACCAUGGGAGAAGAGAGUAGAUCUUGCCAAGCAGCUGAUGGACAUCGCCGAGCAGCUGACCAACAACGACUUUGACUUUGCCCUGUAUCUCCUGGAUGUCAGCUUCGACAACUUUGCGGUCGGGCCCCGUGACGGCAAAGUCAUCGUAGUUGAUGCAGAAAAUGUCAUAGUGGCGGACAAGAGACUGAUAAAACAGAAUAAACCUGAGAACUAUGAUGUCUGGUACGAGAGCCACUAUGAGGAAUGCGACAAAGAAGCCUGUCUCUCCUUCUCCAAGGACGUCCUCUGCUCGCGAGUCACGGUGGAUCACAACUACUACGCUGUCUGUCAGAACCUGCUCUCUAGAUUUGCCACCUGGCGUGGCACCACUGGUGGUCUCCUCCACGACCCCCCUGCUGACAUAGUGGAAGACGGGCACCUCGUGGCCCUUCUUGAUGAGUGCACAAAGCCUCGGAACCGUUACGGUCGCUUUCAGGCAGCUAAAGAACUGCGGGAGUUCCUGACACAACUCACACAGCUGAGCAAUACAAACAGGUAGUGUCGAGAGCAGGGGACAGUUUUACCCCUUAAAAAACAUCAAAAGAACUUUAACAAUGUACUACCACAUUCAGGAACACAAUCAUACACCUUUAAGGGAGUCGUUAUCAAAUGACAGUAUCAGUCUCGCCAACUUUGGCUCUGGUCCUGUCUGGGGUUAAUUAAAGUUUGCACAUGAACAUGGAUAAAAGGGUCGUGUGAAAAUCAGCAGAAUAGAGGCUGAGGUUGACUAGUGUGUUGUGUGUGUUUGUAUGUGCGGAUGCUUCAGUAAACCCUCUGCCGUUGUGGGACCUGAUCAGGAUCCUCUAAUGUGGUUUAUAUUUAAUUUAUAAAUUCUGUGCUGAGAGCACAGUGUGCAAGGGGGUUAUUACCGAACUUACACAGGAAGUUUAGUUUCGGUUUUGUUUGUAAGCUCUAUAUUCAAAUAACCACCUGGCUCCUUUGCUGCAGGAAUCUUAGUCAAGUCUUAACUGAAUUUGAAAGUGCAGUUGAUCAAAUUUCCCUCUGAUAAGCGGAAUAAUUUGACCAUAAUCUUUCCUGAACCUACAUGGUGAGACUGAUGCUUUAUGUGAAAAGUGGCAAUGAGUGACGGUAGUGGGACGACAUGAUUUAAAAAAAUAAAUAAAUAAAUAAAAACAUUGAAAAUAUAGAGGAUUCAAAAUUAUUUGAAACACUUACGUAUGCAAGAAAUAAAAUACCAAAGAAUAUUGUCAUCAGUGUUGGGAUUAUUUUGUUCUUUUAGCAAUGCUUUGACCAAGAUUAUUUAGUAGCACUUUAUAAAUAGGUUGUAUAUGUUAACACUAGUUAUUGAAAUAAUUGACAUGAACUAACAAAUAACAAUACUUUUACAGCAUUUAUUAAUUGUGGUUAAUGUUAAUUUUAACAUACCAUUAAAAUGUGUAUAUAUAAUACAAACAUUGCUGUGAACUACCAAUGAUAUUAAAUAAAUACUAUUAAAGGAAUAUUCUGGGCUCAAUACAAGUUAAUCUUGAUUGACAGCAUUUGUGUCAUAAUGUUGAUUAAUUUCCACUUGUUGCUCCUUUUCUUUAAAAAAAAAAAAAUCUGUGUUAUAGUGAGGCACUUACAAUGGAAGUGAAUGGGGACCAAAAAACUAUUAUGCAACUUUACAGCUCAAAUAAUACAAAAGGUUUAAUGGAAGAAUUAAUGUAAGUGCUUGUAUAUAAUUAUAAGCUUCACAUUUUUUAAACCAUCCAAAAAUUGGCCCCAUUCACUUCCAUUGUAAGUGCCUCACUGUAACUUCGGGUUUUGCUUUUUGAAGAAGAAGAAGAAGAAGAAGAAGAAAGGGAGGGGCAAGUCAAACUAUUUUUUUGUGUUAAUCAACAUUGUCACAAAUGCUGGCGAUUGAGCUUAACUUGUAUUGAACCCGGAAUAAUGCUGUAAAUAAUAUUAUUCAUUAAUGUUAUAGUAUACAACCUUUUUGUAAACUUAUACCAAAUAUUUAAAAGAGAAACCACAAUCAAGCUCUUAUGUUUCAUGUUUCUGGCUUCAUAAUAAACUAGCGUCUGUGUUGUUAUUUUUACCUUCAUCUUUUGGACCAAUGUAGUUUAUCUCUUCAUAUGCCGGUACCAUUACAUACCAUCACUUGCACUGUAAUUACAUGUUGAGUUUACAGAGACAAGUUGCACUACAUUGUCAAAGAUCAUUUUUACCCAUAAACUUCACAAUUAUGUGCCCUUUAAAUAUAUUUUUGUGUCCAUAUUUUAAUGUCUGUUUGUUUUGCCCAACAAACCUGAUGUGCAGCUUUACAUUGUUAUAAUAAGCAAUAUUGGAGUUGAUGGAGCUUAUGGAAUUAUUGCUUUAAAAGUUCAUUUUACUCAUUUUAUUUUGUAUCCUCAAAUAGUUUGACGAUAUUCCUAUAUUUCACCUUCAGUACAACUUUAAAAUCCCCAAUUUAUGUUAAAAGGGUUUAUUUGUGUAUUUUCUGUAAGAAAAGAAAAUGUCUGCUUUCUGUAUGUGUUUUUGUUUUGAGACUGCAGAGAAGUCUGGUCUUACUGUGCCUUUCAUUCAAAAGUUGUAUUUUCAACUGGAUAAAAGUCUAUUAAAAUAUAUG